UGCUUUGCCACACCUGGUCACAUUGUCCAAAACAAAAUAUAAAUUGUUGAAAUUCUUGCAUUUUCUAAAAUUAUGAGCUCGCCAACGAGUAAAAAUGUCAGCGAAACGAACGGCAACAAGCCCAAGAAGUCGGGCAAAACGAGUUCGAAUACGAAAAGCGGCUCCAUGGACACACGCGCCGAGUUGGCGGACCUCAUCAAGAAGAAGGCCGAAACAUCGGAACAACUGGCCAACCUGGAGCGACAGAUCUACGCCUUCGAGGGCUCCUACCUAGAGGACACGCAACUGUGCGGAAACAUCAUCCGCGGCUGGGAGCGCUACCUGACCUCCAACAAGGCCACCAACUCCAAGGCCGACAAGCGGAAUCGCAAGUUCAAGGAGGCCGAGCGCCUGUUCUCCAAGUCCAGCAUUACCUCCAUGGCCAUAUGCAAUCCUGAGCGCGCCAGCGAAUCGGAUUCCAUCACCAAUGAAGACUCCAGCGACAAUCAGAUCUCAAUCAACCAGAACACCACAACGGCCCACGAUGGAUCCACGACAAUCAAGAGCACACCGAAAGAUGAAAAGGACUCACCUUCGCACCGGAACGAGGGUAGCGUAGUUGGCGGAGUGGUGGCGGGAUCUACGAAUAGUGGAGGUAACAAGGAUCUGCUCGGCACACCCACAACGAAUACAAAGAGUAAACUGUCCACGAACUCCAGUGCGACGGCGAAGAAGAGCGGUCACAUAAACAAGAAGAUUCGACAUCGAUGAUGACUGCUGCAGUAUAAUCCGCAUCUGAAAAAGCGUUCAGAGUUUUUAAAUUAAAAUUUGUACAAGAAAUAAAGCGAAUGUAUAUUUA